AUGAGCCCUGCAUCAGCUAUUAUUGUAAGACUCGACGGAUGUCCACUUGAGCUUGUGCGCGUAUUGUUGCCUGCUGGGCCAGUGACGGUCUAUCCACCAUGGGAUACCAUUAGCUGCGAAGAACAGGUGAAAGAGAACAAGGCGAAGAAGAGCGUCGAGAGACGAGUCGGGUUGCUCCAACCGUCCCAACGUCCAAAACUCUUGGCCCCCGUCUUGUUUGGAGGAGAGCCGUCGACCUUUCGCACGGGCCGCUUGCUCGAUGCAGGGACGACGCAGGCCGGCUUGGCAGCCAACUCGUGGAGCGAACUGACAGCUCCUUAUUGCGACGACACAAGGACUGGCCAAAAAAGAAUCCAAAGACAUGGCCGUCGCCUGAACCCCCACGUCGCCCAUCAUCACCAUCUCCAAACCAUCCUCCCCACAGCCCGCACCGCCGCCCCCCCGCCGCUCCCUUGCCCACUACCCUACCCUCCUCCCCCAUCAAUCACUGUGCCCUCCCAUGGAGGCUUGGAACAGCUCCCUGGCCAGCACACCUCCACCUCCACCUCCACCUGCACCUGCACCUGCACCUGCACUGUACCCGCACCCGCUCUCGCACCCGUACCCGUACCCGCACACACCCACGGUGAACGCCGCAUGUCCGCCAUGGCCUGGCAGUCGCCUUCGGCCAUGAAUGCCGGCGGAGCGAAUGGCGGAGGGGAUGGCAAUGCGCCAGCAGGGACCGAGUACACAUUGCAGGGCGUCAUGCGCUUCUUGCAGCUCGAAUGGCACAAUCACGAACGGGCCAGAAACGCCUGGGACAUUGAACGCGCCGAGAUGAAGGCCAAAAUCGCCAAACAGGAGGGCGAGGUCAGGAGUGCAAAGAAGCUGAACGAUCAACUCAACAAACACAUCCGUAUGCUGGAGCAGGCCUUGACCAACGAGCGCAAGAAGAAGGCCGAAGCAGUCGGCGGUGACACUUCGGCCGCGACCAACGAAAAGGACGGCAAGGGCAAGAAAGCUGGCACAAGGCCCCAGAACAAGAAACACAACUCCUUCCUCGACGUAGACUCCGAGUAUCUCGACCGAGCAGAAGCUGACCGUGAACGCGAAAUGCUGCGAGAAAAGUCGAAACAAUAUCUAACCAAAUGUGUCGAGGAAAUCACCUAUCUCUUGACACCUCCACCGCAGCCUCCGUCACAACAACAGGGCCUCCACACUCUUGCAAAUGGCACCAACUACAUGAACCACGGUGAUGCGUCCAUGGACGAGCUUUACAUUCAGCAACACCGCCAGAAGUUGCAGUCACAACUACCCACCAUGCCAGGCACAUCCAUGCCAGGCACAUCCAUGCCAAACCACCAACCUCCCGCUAUGCCUACGGCUGUCGAUCUCCAUAACCUUGCCAGUCAGCAUCAGAUACAUCAUGCCCCUCAAAUGACACGGGAGCCGUCUGGCCAACAGCCCCUUCCCCACAACACCAGCCUCUCUCAAGACCUUCUACGACAGCAAACCCCACUACCCAAUCAACAGCAUUAUUCUGCAGUGCCCGAAGAGCAGGUCGAGAAAGUCACGCAUGCAUUUGAUGAACAGGGUCGUCAACUGCCAACACCCGAGGAAGACAACCAGCCUACUACGAACCACGUCGCACCUGAAGAUACUAACGAAUGGACAUUUGAAGAGCCCAUUUCCGAGCUGACGCAGGAUGGGCCACCGAGACGACCAGACACGGAAGAAUUUCCGUCCGCGAAUAGCAUACCAGCCAAGUCCCCACCACGUCCCAGCAAGGGCCGCAACAAGGAUACUACAAGAAGACUGAGCAGUGAUCUGAAAGCUCAACAGGUAGCCGCUCAAUCCGCACCCAAGACAGAUCCCCAGAGCUUCAAAGUCCGUUUUGCACUCCGAGGACACCUAGAUGUUGUCCGUUCUGUCGUCUUCACAGGAGGUGGAAGUCCUAGCGAGCCAGAAAUAUGUACAGCAGGAGACGAUGGAAUGAUCAAGAGAUGGAUGAUACCCGCGAGCUACGCAAGCCAGCACAGCAUGAACAAUGAUCUAGACAUUGCGCCAUUUUGGUCACACAGAGGGCACGAAGGUGCCGUCACAUCUUUGGCUGCAUGUCCCUCGUCUGCUCACUUUGCGACCGGUGGCCGCGUAUCAGGCGAUGGCUGGAUAUUUUCUGGAGGACAGGACGCCACGAUUCGUGUUUGGGAACGUGGUCGUGUCGAUCCCAAAGCCACUCUCGAUGGCCACACUGACGCCGUCUGGACUGUAUGCGUACUUCCUGCGACCUGUGCUACUGUAUUUGGCGCCGACAGCAAUAACUACGGAGGCCCAGAUCGAAUAUUGCUCGCCUCGGGCUCUGCGGAUGGAACGAUUAAAAUAUGGGCAGUCAGCGCUCCCCCUCAGUUAGCGUCACCUCAAGCUGGCACUCGACGCGGUGGCAGUCGUAGGCAUUCUGUGACCUCUGGUUCGAACCAUCCCUCUUCUCCGCAGCCCAGUAUCGCAACGUCGACGCCUUUCCACUACAUGCUCAUUCAUACCAUUGAGCGCGCCACACACCCUUCGCCUACAUGCAUUAGCCCGCUUUCGCCGAAUGGGGAGAACCUUGUUGUUUCAUUCAACGACGCAUCCAUACUGGUUUACGAUGUCCGAACGGGCGAAGAGUUGAUUGGCAUGGCCAGCAAUGAGUCUUAUGACGGCACACCGGCUACUGGCAUCACUUCGGUUGUGACAAGCACGCAGCUGCUAGAGGGCUCGUCACAAGAGGGUGGGCGUAGCGGAUCUGAAGAGGAGGCGAUUCAUGGACCUACGGGAUCCAACAGUAGCGGAGGACUUGAAGGUGUCAUUAUAAGUGGACAUGAAGACCAUCUCAUACGGUUCUUCGAUGCCAAUUCAGGUCAAUGCACAUACAGUAUGCUUGCCCAUCCUGCUGCCAUCUCCUCCCUCUCCCUCAGCAAAGAUGGUCGCGAAGCUGUUUCUGCUGGCCACGACGCUUCCAUUCGCUUCUGGUCACUGGACAAGCGCAUUUGCACACAAGAAAUCACAGCGCAUCGUAUCAUGCGCGGCGAGGGUGUGUGCAGCGUUGUCUGGAGUCAGGACGGCCGUCUGGUAGUCUCAGCAGGCGGCGAUGGCAUCGUAAAAGUCUUCGCAAGAUAG